AUGCCUUCCAAGUCCAUCAUUAUUCCAGAAAUACUUGAAAUCAUCUUUUCUUAUCUGUAUUAUCCGGUGUUUUAUCCUAAAUUCUUAUUAUCUUGCGCAUUAGUAUCGCGAUCUUGGAGUAAUCUUGCACUUCCUAUUUUAUGGAACAAACCUUUUGUUUAUGAUAGAAGGGGAAAUAAUCACGUUAAACAAAUCCAACAAUUUCGAACUUGCCUCUCAUUUCUUCCAAAUCAAUUUUUAAAGCAAGUAGGAUUGGAACAAUAUGUGAAUAAAUCGUUAAAGAUAAAUUACAAUUAUUUAUCAUUUAUAAAAGAACUUUGUCAUCUUAAGUUGUAUGAAGCCUGUUUAAAUUUUUGUAAAGAUAAGAUUAAUGAUGAUCAAAUCAUGUGUAGAUCAAAUCAUCCGUCCAAAGCGAUCCUACAAACCAAAAUCUUACCAAUUUUGACCCAACUUUAUCAUCUCAUCAUUUUAAAGUAUGACGCAAGAAUUAAAUAUUUUGAAUUUUCAAUUCCGUUCAAAGAAAGUUGCCUCUGCGAUUAUAUUCCCGUAAAUUAUUUCAUAUUUUCUCAUCACGUUGUUUCCAAAUAUUUUUUCACCUCAUUACGAUCAUUUAAAUGUAAUGGAAGAUAUAACUUUCCUUAUGAAAAAUUAUUUAAAGAAGUAAUGAAACAUUCUAAAAAUAUUAAACACAUUACGAUUGAGAAUUUCGAAUUAGUUGAAGGAAAUUUAGAAUCUUUAAAGGAUUUAAUUAUUUCACAGAAAAAGUUGCAGAAUAUUGAAUUGGAAUUCCUAAUUAAACGUGACUUUUCAGAAUUAUUUGAUGCAUUAAAUGAAAAUCAAAAUCUACUUCGCGUCAGGAUAUCUUUCUGUUCAUUUAAAAAGGCUCUUCCAAUUAAAAUACUAUCUUCAUGUAAGAAUCUAAAAGAAUUGAGCAUUGAAUCAAGUGAAAUCGGAUAUGAAGAAUGUCAUAAAGAUUUUAAUCCUUUCGAAUCUCUAAAAUCAUUCAAAAUCGUAAAGUCAAAAUUACCAAAAGAAAUAUUUGAUUAUAUAUUUUCACCAAAUUCUAACUUGGAACAAAUUAUAAUUAAAGAAAUGGAUUUAUUAAAUAAUUAUCCUAAUAUAAUACCAUCAAUAUGUUUAAAUUGUCAUCAAUUAAAAAUACUUAAAAUGGGAUUUACGGAAAAAACUUUUGAAAAACUAUUAGAAAUUCUAAAAUAUUGCAUUAAUCUACAAGAAUUAAUAAUCUAUGAUGAACUUUGCGAAAUUGAAGAUAUGUAUACGUUUAAUCUAACAGACAUAAAUCAUUUAUCUACGGGUGAAGUAUUUAAAAGAUUGGGAAAAUUGAUUUCCCGUAAUUUAAAGAAAUUACACUUUUCUUCAUUUUAUCAUUGUUUUGAAUACGAUUUUAAAGAAUUUUUAAUUAGCUGUAAAAUUAAUGGAUGUUUGGAAUAUUUGAGUAUCAAUGUUUGUGGUGAUAAAUCAAAAAUUCUUAGAAUGUUGGAAAAUUAUUCUAAAGGAAUUAAUAAGGGUUUGAUUAUCAAGCAAUGGGAUACAAGAAAUUAUGAUGGAAAUAAUGAAAGGUUUAAUCAGAUCAUUAUUGUAAAAUUCAAUUAA